GAAGGAAACUUGGACUAGCGAGCGAACCCCGAAACCCCCGCGAGUCACCCACUUUUCUCAACAAAAAGAACGCGUGAAAACUCUGCUCAAGCUAGCGUCGAGUGCAGAGCUCCGUUGUCUUGUUUCGCCAUCUUCUCCCAUGCGUUUUCCUUUUCGUUAGACUUUUUAGCAGCCCUCCUCGGGGCAGACAAGCGCCACAUCCCCCGGUGUGCCUUUUAUGCGGUUCCGUGUCGCGGUUUCCUGCGAGAAGUUUGAAUCCCCGAAAGACACGGUUUUUCGGCUUUUUCCACCCGUUGUUUUCGCGUUUCCUUCGCAAGACAUCCACCUCUUUUCUGAGUUUUCCCCCCGUAGAUGCGUUUUCUCUGGAGCCGCCGUUCCGCUACCUCCACUGCAUGAACCUGGAGGUUUUCGCUCCCGCCAGUUCCGGCUGUUCUGUCUUGCGUUUCCGACGCGUUUUUCUCAACGUGCAUUUCCCGUUCUUUGUCUGAAGACCUCUUACUACACUUCCUGAACAUUUCCUUCACCCUCAUAGCCUUGACUUGCGAGGUUUUCAAGCACUUUGCCCCUUUCCCUGCACGCACAAUGCUGGAUCCGACUGACAGCAUGGACGACUUCUACAACGACACGUCGACGCCAGGCGUCCCACCUCCGCCAGCUCGACCAAGUCUUCUCCCCGCUACCUCGGCUUCUGUCGGCGCUCUUUCACCUGCAGCUCCGGCCCUCUCCGGGUCUUCAGGUAAAGGCGAAUCAAACCCAGUUUCUGUCACUGCCACGCAGUACGGCAACCCGCGGUUGGACAGCGAAGGGAGACGGGAGGCGAACUCGCAUUUUCGCGCCGAAAACUCCCUCCCCGUCGGUCCAAACACUCCCGGCCCUCUUCCCGUUGGCGGAAUUUCCGGGAAUGGCUCCCAAAAUAGAACGAUGGACUCGAGGACCAUUCGAGCUGGAUUCGGAAAUCAGGAGGCGAGGCGCCCGAAACUCGAAGGUGUUCUCGGAGGAACGCUCGAUGGCUCUGGAAACUCCCUCGGGGGCCAGAAGCUCCGUGGACAGUUCGCUGUUUCUCAGCUCCACGGAGUGUUCCUCUCUCUGCAGCGCGCGUUGCUGUCCAAGGCAGUUUCGUGGAGAGACUUCUUGCAUUUACCUUCACUGCAGAAGCCGCAGACAGGAGCGGUGGCGGUUGACCGAAUUGAAAGGAAUCUGCGUUACUUCCACAUGAACUACGUCAUCAUUUGUUCAGCGCUGACACUCGUCGCAGCUCUUCUGAAUCCGGUUGUUCUGCUCGUCUGCGGACUCUGUGCCGGGGCCUCCUUCCUCGCUGGGCUAAAGGGCGACACUCUGCAGCUUGGGGACACAGUUGUUCCUGUGAAGACGUUUCGCGUACUUUGUCUCCUUGUCGGAGGCUUGGUCGUGCUCCUGGUCGCGGGGAACGUGGUCGUCAGUCUCUUGAUAGGGUGUGCUGUCUUGGUGCUGCUUCACGCGAGUCUGCAUGUCGGCGUUUCCUACGAGCAAAUCGCGCAAAGAGCUGCAGGAGACGCAGAAUUCGACGUUUGAGAAAGAGUGAACACGCGAGUUCGUGAGCAUGUUCUUCGUCUUCGUUGCUUCGACCUACCUGUUCAGCAGGCAGGGGAACAAGAGGCGCGCGGCCUGCGAGGGGAACGGGGGUGGAAGGCAGGAAACUCCUUGGCUGUUUUUUGGCGUCUCCAGAGACACCACGUGAAUACCGCGUUCUCUGUGACCUACGAUUGCUUCGAUCGAACGAUGGUCGGAAGCGUCGUGUGCGGUGACAGAGAAAUUCCACGGAAGAGAGAAUGCCGACUUCUCCUUCUUUCGAACUGGAUCUCCCCCUCACACCGCUCGCGGCCUUCUCUCCCGCCGUUCGGCGAGAGGACCCGGGAGUCACCCGCUGCAUGUCAGUAUAAAGUCAGCGUUUCUUCCACAGCUGCGGAGAAAAUGAUGAGUUCUCUUUUCUCGAUUUUUACGUGCUGCAAACUCUUUUCAAUACAUGUGUCUGCUCGACGGCCAGCUGGAAACAGCGACCGUCGCUCGGGUAUUUCUGACGGCUGCAGAACGCGACGAGACCGCCGACACACACUUCUCGUCUCUGUUUCCCGCAUCUUUCGUCUUCACACGCUCCUCCCUCUUGCCACUUUUAUUGUAUCAUCACACGGAGAAUUCUCUGUGUUCGUCGGCACCACUCUUUGCAGUCGACUCUCCCCGCAUCCAGGAAACGCAGAUCCACUUUUUCAUUCUCAGCCUUCGCUCUGUUCUAGAGUAAACUCGCCCUACCAGGUUUCUAGGACCAUGUUGCUGUCGGUGACCUCUUCACCCAUUUCCUCGUCUUUUUCCGGGCUGGAAACGUCUGAGGAGGCCUCUUCUCCAUCCUCCUCAGUCUUGUUCGACCACCGCGUCGUGUCUUCCUUCCUCUGUCGAGACAAGUCACUCAUGACAGCCUCCGUUUGCUCUCUUCGCCAACGCACGUAGGAGAGUGCGCCGGUCGAGACUUUCAGCUAUCAUAAUCAGUGUUCGCGGAGAAAAGAAACACUCCGUCAUCUUCCGGGGCUUCAUUGUAGUAUACAGCGGGAGUGUCCUGUGAUAUCGAAUAUCUACCUAUGUCUUUCUUUCUGUCUGCAUCUAUCCAUCUUUAUCUUUACAUAUAUAGACAUAUGUUUAUAUAUCUAUAUACGCCUAUCUUUGUAUGUCUAUCUGUAGCUUUCUGUAUCUGUGUCUGUCAGUCUAUCUCUCAGUCCAUCUAUAUCUAUCUAUAUCUAUCUGUGUCUUCUUUCGGCCUGUCUAUAUCCGUCUAUCUAUAUCUACCUGUGUAGAUUUGCUCAUGUAUUCGUGUAUAUAUUCGUGGUGUACCGGUGUAUUCAUGACGGAGAGGUUUUUUCGCAUCCAUCAGUGUGCAGUGAUGCUUACAUGCGAUUGUGGGGAGGGUAGAGCUGUGGCCUUUCUCAGAGACUUCUCGCAUUCUGGAUUCUGUCUCUUCAUGGUCGACUUUUCUUGCGACGUUGAGGUCAUACGAAAGAUCUAAACCAAUA